AUGUCCGUCAAACAGGAGACAUCAAGCUCGGGUUCACAAUCGCCCUUUAUGAACGUCGACCAUGGUGUUGUAUUGGACGAGUCACUACCGAACAGUGCCUCUUGUUCAAAGAUGUCGACACCACCACCGUCAACAGCUGCUUCAACGUCGAAAAAAGCAUCACCAUCAGCUCCUCAGCUUAUUGGAGAUCUUCCUAUCGCAAGAGAUGAGGCAUUGGGCACUUUUGUUGAAAUGAGCAACAACUGGUAUCAAUAUAAGUCGCUGGGUCGCUCGAGAGAGCUCAUGGAGAGUAUGACCUGCGAAUGCCAGUUUUCUCAUGGAGACGACCCAGAUAGUGCAUGUGGGCCUAGCUCAGACUGUAUCAAUCGACUCACACAAGUGGAAUGCCUACCGGAUGACUGUCGAUGUGGGGAAUAUUGCAGGAAUCAACGAUUCCAAAAGAAGGAGUAUGCCCCAAUUGAAAUCGUGAAAACUGAGAAGAAGGGAUAUGGGCUCAGGGUUGAGGAGGAUAUUGAAAGGGAUACGUUCAUAUAUGAAUAUGUCGGCGAUGUGGUCAACACACAAUCCUUCAAGAAGAGGAUGCGCGACUACGCGAAUGAGGGCAUAGAGCAUUUCUACUUCAUGAUGCUGCAGAAGGACGAGUUCAUUGAUGCUACCAAGAACGGUGGAAUAGGAAGAUUUGCCAACCAUAGUUGCAAUCCCAACUGCUACGUAGCCAAAUGGACUCUGGGCCGUACCGUGCGCAUGGGAAUAUUUUCAAAACGGAAGAUCAGGAAACAUGAAGAAUUGACGUUCAACUACAACGUCGAUCGAUAUGGACACCAAGCGCAAACUUGUUAUUGCGGAGAAGCGAACUGUGUCGGGUUUAUCGGUGGGAAGACCCAGACCGAUAUUUCGUCUAUGGAUGACCUAUACUUGGACGCCCUCGGCAUUACCGAUGAAAAUGAUCUCUUGGAGAUGAAGGGAACGAAGAAGAAGAAAGGCAAGAAGAUCGACGAUCCUGACUUCAUGCCACAAAUGAAAACCAUCGUCGAGAAGGAUGUACCGAAGGUUGUUCAAGCCUUACGUCAAGUGCAAAGCAAGAAGGUGUUGUAUAAGUUACUCACACGAAUAAAGAUCACCGAGGACGAACCAGCCCUGCGGCAAAUAAUGCGUUUGAGAGGGUUCAGUAUUAUGAAGAACAUUCUCGAUGAUUAUGCCGAAGACAUAGAUAUCAUUGCACUGGCACUACAAUGCAUGAAGUCCUGGCCUUUGGUGGCACGAAACAAAGUGGAGGACUCUCAGGUUUUACCAACGGUUCAAGGGUUCAUAGAGUCGCAGGAUGAACUCGUCAAGGUGCAUGCCGCUCAACUGUGCGAACACUGGUUGUCGCUUGAAUUGGCUUAUCGGAUACCCAAACGCAAUCUGGAGGAGCCAGAGAAGAAGACAUGGACGUCAUGGUCGGAGUCGUAUGUCGGUGGUCCUUCCAAACGUUCGCGUUUCAUCGACGCCGACGAUAACGGUAACCCACUCACAGCUGUUCCAAAAACAUUCUUCCGAUCACGCUCAACAUACACACCUCCACCUCCACCUCGUUCUCGUCCUCGUCCUCCUUCUCCCCCUCGUAUCAAUUUACAUCAUCAAAUGUUAUUCGAGCAAAAGCAAAAGCAGAACGCAGCGGUGAACAAUCUUAUUGCCUCUGUUGCUGAGGAACAGGCUUCUGCUGAAGCGGCAGCGGCAGCGGCCUUGGAAGCUGCGAAAGCCGAGGCAGAAGCGACGAAGCAGUCGAGUAAUGGAGCUGAAGGAAGCGUGUCCAAAAAGAGAGAGAAAGAGAGGAAAAAGAGCUCGCAGAGUGAAGCGGAGAAGGAAGCCAAUAAGGAGAAACGUCUUCAUAAGCUGGUCGGUGCCGUCGUCGUCAAGUGCAUGUCGAAAUAUGCACAUUCCAUAGAACACGACCUGUUCAAGAAAUAUGCGAAAGAGCUCACGGAAAAAAUUGCUGAACGAGAGAAGAAGUCUUCCGCCUACAAGGAAGGCAAACUUGAUUCUCUCUCCGAGGAGAAAACAGCCAAAAUCAAGAAAUACGCCAAGGAGUAUAUUACGAGUAAAGUCCUACGCAAGGCUAACAAGUCUGGGCGACACAAGAGUCGUUCAUCAUCGUCAGUUAUCAAACAAGAGACGCCUUCAGAUGUUACCCCCAACUCAGCGGAUCUAAAUCCCGCUAUGGUAGAUCUGGAUGUCGACGAUGAUUCGGACGUAGACAUGGACAUGGAUCAGGACAGCGACGGGGAGGGUGGCCGCGUGAAGAUUGAGGAGGACGAGAACGGAAUAAAUCCUUACGUCCAUCCCUCCAUGGACCUCAAUCGGUCUUUUAAGAAGGAGGAGGACCGACUAGACGCCGAGGCAUGGCUUCAGCGCCUUCCCACGUGGGAAGAGGCUUCACGAUCGGAGACGGAACUUUCCUAGGGCGUAUUUACGGUACUCUACGUUUUGCUAUAGUACUUCUGUUCCAUCGAAGGAGCAAAGCCGUGGUUCCGAAUCGAAGUGAGAAAUUCUGCCUGUGAACGGAUUGUGACGCGCUGAAGGAUCGCAUACUGUGAGAUAAAAUCUUACCCAGCCGUCCCCAACUUGCGUUUAUGCCCAAUCACUGAGUGAAGUCGACGCAAUUCUCGUAUGUCUGAUGGUUGCUAUAGCCUGAAUACCACCACCACCUAUAUCGAAAAAAUGAACAUGAACCAACUCCGAAUUGGGAUUCAAGUCUGGACGACUCACUGUAUGGCACACGCAUUGGGCUGACUGCACUGCUCUCCCAAGUUCGGAAUAGUUACUUGAAAGUCCGCUGACGAGAGGAAAGGAUGUAAGGGGCCAAGAGACUCAUUUGCGUAAACGGGCCAAGUGAAGAGACGAGCGAUUGGCGUUUGGGUUGCAAGGUUUACCUGAGCCGAAAGAAAUAAACAGGUUAGAAAGGCAUUGAUCGACUGGACGAUUCUGCUAGAAGCGGGACAUCAACGUACGACGGAGACAUUCUGUUCAUAGUUGUCAGCGUGACUGGGUGAAGUUGGCAUCGGUAGGAAGCAUAACUUACAGCCCAACCGGUAUGGCGUGGAUGUAUAAAUAAAAGAUGGCAAACUUGCUACCUGGGCGCCUCGACAGAAGUAAAGGUGGCAAGCUUCCGCGUCGUAAGUCGCAUCUAUCUUGGCUUUGGCGUUCUCAAGCUAUCGUUCCCAGGGUCGUUCAACAUUUUAAACGCCUGGAAUCGCAGUGGACGACUUACGGGACCGGUCAGGUCUGCCGAAGGCUUCAGCCCUCAUUCUGGGAAGAUCAUAGAAACUGGACCGGACACACCAGAUGUCAAAACUUGAUAGACGGCAGCCCCACAAGCGGUUUGAGCAGCAGUUCCAAGCUGGAUACGAAGACAAUAAGUCCAUGUCAACAGGUCAUGCCACAUGUUAACCAACCUUCCGAGGAGUUGGAGUCGUCACACGAGCAUGGGCGAGCGUGUGUACAACCAAGGUCGCAAUGGUUCCAGUUAGCAGCAAGAGCUUGUGCAUGGUGCAGCCUGUUGAGGCAAUUCGCAACGAGAUGGCUUUGCAAUUAUACUGACUGCUCGUGGGUAGGCGGACCGACGGUAACUCUACUCCCCGGAAUCGCGAAGAAGUCGGUUUUACUUCGCCCAGGAGCGAAGGUCGUCUGCUACUUACUAUCAAUACACAUACUGCUAAGAGUAGUAAACGAUUUGAUGGUGACACACCAUAAUUGGCUGACUCUCUGAUCCCCCAAUAGAAUUUCGGAGAAGCGGAUAAAUAUUGUGAGGACAGACCUCAGACCGUGUAUAUCGUCUAUUAAUCCAUCUGGCCUCCUGACUGGGAAUCAGAUCAAAUGAGCAGCGUUAUGAACGCGACGAAAACGCUGAUACAAAAAGAAGCAGCCUUGUUCGCCUGAGUACAAGUUUCGCUGUUGCAUUACGGUUCAAGGCGGGACCAAAAAAACAUCGUUUCAGGCC